AUGGCGCUUGACGAAAUUAAAGAGAAGUUUGUGGGUGUUUGGAAAUUAGACAGAAGUGAAAAUUUUAAGGAAUUUCUUAACGAAAUGGGUGUGGGUUUACCCCUCAGGAAGAUGGCAUCUCUAGCGAAACCGGAAAUGACUAUAAGCAUAGAAAGUAACAAUAAAAUCAAAAUUGUAAUGAAAACAGGAUUUUUCACCCAGGAAGACUGCUUUAAUCUUAACGAGGAGUUCCUAAAAGAAAUGCAAAAAACAGUCAUGAAGGCAACUGCAACGUACGAGGACGGUGUUUUAAAAAUGAUAAAUACCCCUGUAGAUCCGAAAUCUAAGAUUAAGGAACAGAUUGUUCACAGGGAAAGAGUUGGCGACGAAAUUGUUUUG